AUGUCAAAGGGACGCGUCUGUCUAGCAUAUUCUGGCGGCCUCGACACAUCCACCAUCCUCAAAUGGCUUAUUGAGGAGGGCUAUGAGGUUGUCUGCUUUCUGGCCAACGUUGGUCAGGAGGAGCCCUGGGACGAGGUGGAGAAGAAGGCGCUCAAGAUUGGCGCGCUGAAGAUGGUGAUUCUCGACCUGCAGCGGGAAUUCGUCGAAGAGCUCUGCUUCCGCGCGGUACAGUGCAACGCCUCGUACGAAGGCCGCUACCUGCUCGGCACCUCGCUGGCCAGGCCCGUCAUUGCCCGCGCCCAGAUCCGCGUCGCGCAACAAGAAGGCUGCGGCUUCGUCUCGCACGGCUGCACGGGCAAGGGCAACGACCAGGUUCGCUUUGAGCUCGCCUUCUACACCCUCCAGCCCUCGAUCAAGGUCAUUGCGCCCUGGCGGCUACCCGAGUUCUGCGACCGCUUCAAGGGCCGCCAGGAUUUGCUUGACUAUGCCGAAAAGCACAACAUCCCCGUCACAUCCACAAAGGCAAAGCCCUGGAGCAUGGACGCCAACUUGGCUCACUGCAGCUACGAAGCAGGCAUCCUCGAGGAUCCCAAUGUCUCGCCACCAGACGACAUGUGGACCAUGACCGACAGCCCGCUCAACGCUCCCAACGAGCCCGUCGACAUCACAGUGCACUUUGAAAAGGGCGUUCCCGUCAAGCUUACAACACCAGACAAGACCUAUACCGAUUCCGUCGAGCUAUUCACCGCGCUCAACAAGCUCGGAUUCAUCCACGGCAUUGGUCGGAUCGACAUUGUCGAGAACCGCUUCAUCGGCCUCAAGUCCCGCGGCUGCUAUGACUCCCCCGCCAUGACCAUUCUCCGCCUUGCACAUUUGGAUCUCGAGGGUCUAGUCAUGGACGCACAGGUCCGUAACUUGCGCGACCAAUUCGUCAGUCACAAUUGGAGCUACCAGUUGUACAAUGGCAUGUACUUCUCGCCUGAGCGUGAGUUCAUCGAGAACAGUCUCCUGUUUUCCCAGCGCAGGGUCAAUGGUGAGGUUAGGCUGAAGCUCUACAAGGGCAACGCCUACGUUCUCGGUCGUUCCAGUCAGACGGAGAAGCUGUACUCCGAGGAGGAGGCUUCCAUGGAUACCCUGGACAAUUUCAGCCCUAUGGAUACCACCGGCUUUAUUGCCAUCCAGAGUAUAAGGUUGAAAAAGUAUGGCCUCCAGAAAGCUGAGGAGGGUGCCAACAUGAGCCGUGCAUAG